UUUGAAGGAAUGGAGGGGAAAAAAAUGAUUUCUGCAACAGACACACAGUAUUCUAGUGUGCUCCUUCGGUCUCUGAACGAACAACGUGGCCACGGGCUUUUUUGUGAUGUUACUGUCAUCGUGGAGGACCGGAAAUUUCGAGCCCACAGGAACAUCCUUUCAGCCUCAAGCACCUAUUUCCACCAGCUUUUCUCAGUGGCUGGACAAGUGGUUGAACUGAGUUUUGUAAGAGCAGAGAUUUUUGCAGAGAUUCUUAACUAUAUUUAUAGUUCCAAAAUAAUCAGCAUUCGAUCUGAUUUACUUGAUGAACUGAUUAAAUCAGGGCAACAGCUGGGUGUUAAAUUCAUAGCUGAUCUGGCCAUAUCUCCAUCUGAAGGAAAAACCAUGCCAAGUGAGGUCAAAGGUGGUGCUUCAGGAACUUCGACUUCUAGUCCAAGUCAAAAGGAUGCUGAAACACAGGUGCCUGUAGUAAGGCCAGAGAGCGGAGAGGUAACGGACGGGAUGCCCGUUAUAACACAGUCGUUCUCCUUGCACGGCAUAGAAUAUGAGACUACCAAAAUUACAGUGACCGAUUCAGAUGACGAGGAUGACGAUGUCAUUUUCUGCUCUGAGAUUGUUCCUCCAAAAGAAUGUACUAAGGAUACAAACGCUACAACCCAGAGCCAGCCUUGCCCAAGUUCGGCUGGAGUUUCUGACCAAAAACCCAUGCAUCUGAUGAGCAUCACAGCAGCUCAAAAACUUACUUCACCUGCUGGCCAGCUAAGCCCAAAGCAAACGCCAUCAGGUGCCGAGACACUCGUCUCUGCAGCGCCCCAGCAUUUGACUCCUAAUAUCAUUGUGCUCAAUAAACCUCUGCUGAACUCCUCGCUCAACGCCAGCGCGGUGCAUCCAGCGCACGUGACCCCCACCAUUAACUUACUGGAGGAGAACCAGCAGCCGUCUAAAGCAGAAGCAGAAACAGCUGCUGUUGAUGAUGAAGAGGCUGCUGAAGACGAUGUGGAUAUCAUUAGCUCCUCUAGCCCUGGUUCAGUCAGCAGUAGCUCUUUGGUUCGGCAGCCUUCUGUACCCAAGGCAACGACCGCCGAAGGGUCAGGCGUGCAGAAAAAACAGGUCCUUAAGUUUUCUGAAGAGCCGUUUUCUAAGCCUGGAGAAUAUAAAAUAAAAAUCUCGGAUGCCCUUGCUGGAAACAACAAGGAGUUAAAUUCGGGCGUAGCAUCACAGCACGUGGCAGAGGGGCAGAAAAUCAUAACGCUGGACACGGCGGCGGAAAUAGGCGGCUUGUCCACGGGCUGCAAGGUGUACGCCAACAUCGGCGAGGACACCUACGACAUCGUCAUCCCUGUGAAGGGGGACGCCGAGGGCGCCAAGGGGGACGCUGGGGAGAGCGAAGCCAAGGCCGAGGAGACGCCCAGAACGUCCAGCGGCAACUCUCCCAAGAGGAAACGCAUGAAGCUGAGGCACGACGACCACUACGAGCUGAUCGCGGACGGGAGGGUCUACUACAUCUGCAUCGUGUGCAAGCGCUCGUACGCCUGCCUGACGAGCCU